CUGUUGCUGUCAAACUGAAUCACAUCCAUCGCUCGCUGCUCAUAUUCCCGCACGCAGAUUGGCUUCUCUGUGUUUUAUGGUGUGUUCUCAUCUCCAUGGCCACAUCAGAGGCACCAGAAGAUCGCGUUGUGCAGAGAGGAAGAUCUCGAAGUGACCCGAGCAUCAUUACCGACACGCGUGUCGCUUACACGAACAGCACAGAUGUGAUGGAUCAGCACAGAACACUUCAUUCUGGUUGUCUGGUGUCCGGGGUCCGAACUCCCCCCAUCCGCCGCAACAGUAAACUGGCCAGCCUGGGACGAAUCUUCAAGCCCUGGAAGUGGAGGAAAAAGAAAAAUGAAAAACUGAGGCAGGGCUCUACAGUGCUGGAGAGGAAAGUGCCCAGCAGGCAAAAUCGUGAGGAUCUCGUCAGAAAGGGCCUGGCAGAGGCUGGCAUGGAGUCUGGCCUGGCCUGUGGUGGGAACGCAGACGAUCCGGGAAGCCCAUCGCUCGAGGACUCAGACGCCGAGGACCGAGAGGACGAGCCCAUGGCGCCGCUGGCCAGCAACUCCGAGGAUCUGGGAUCUGAUGAGGACAAUCUGUCUACAGCACGAGACACCACAGAGAUGACGGAAACAGAAGGGGAACUUGGGCAAAGUGAGGAUGAGGACAAGCCGUGUGUAGAGGCCUCGAGUAGAGGGGCCGGUGUCGGGGCCCUCGAGGGCCAUGAGGAGAGAAAGGAGGAUAAACCGCUCAGAGAAGUUCGCACUCCUCCAGCCAAACCAGUGAAGCUGCUUAAUAGACUGAGCAGUCUGGACAACACCCACUCUCUUCAGGGCCGGCCGGCUCCAGCCACUCUGCCCAGGAACUUCACCCUCCCCAAAGAUGCCCUGCGGGGCAGGAUCUCCACCCCCACCGGCUCGCCUCACUCGGGGGUCCUGCACCCUCAUCUGCCCCCGAGCUGCAUCAUCGAGGAACUGCACCGGGCACUGGCCUCCAAACACCGGCAGGACAGUUUCCACAGUAAGGAGAUCCGUUGUUCCCCCAAACGGCGCUCGGAUGCACGAGGGUCCCGCACCGCCAGCGCUGAGAAUGAGCAGAGCGGAGAAGUGGAGAACAAGAAAGAGGCAGAAGAGAACAAGGAGAACAUGCGUGUGGAUGAAUACUACAGCGACCAGGACAGCUGGAACGACUCUGUCAUCUCUGGCACACUUCCACGGCGGAUAAGAAAAGAGCUUCUGGCGGUGAAGCUGCGUAACAGGCCCAGUAAACAGGAGCUGGAGGACAGGAACAUCUUCCCUGUGCGCAGUGAUCAGGAACGACAGGAGAUACGCCAACAGAUCGAAAUGAAGCUUGCCAAGAGAUUGAGUCAGAGACCAGCAGUGGAAGAGCUGGAGAGCAGAAACAUCCUCAAACAGAGGAAUGACCAGACAGAACAAGAGGAGAGAAGAGAAAUCAAACAAAGGCUGAACAGAAAGCUCAACCAGCGGCCCACUGUUGAUGAGCUGCGGGACCGGAAGAUUCUGAUCCGUUUCAGUGAUUAUGUGGAAGUGGCCAAAGCUCAGGAUUACGACAGGAGAGCAGACAAGCCCUGGACGAGACUGUCGGCUGCAGAUAAGGCGGCGAUACGCAAAGAGCUGAACGAGUUCAAGAGCAAUGAAAUGGAGGUCCAUGCGUCAAGCAAACACCUGACAAGGUUCCACCGACCAUAGCAAGGUUUCUUCUGUGAAGAAUAUGCUAACGGUAUCUCUGUGAAGUCUACGACCUCAGGAGGCUGUCCAUGGGCGCUCCAUGGAGGGCCUGAUAUUUGGGCGCUAGUGAACCUUGGAGACCGUGUCUCUGGAGCUUCAGCCUGAAGAAGGCAAAACCCUCCAAACUCCUCUCAGCCGAGUUAUCGAACCUUUAUUCUCUUCAGGGGACUCUCGUGGGAUGCUGGAAGACUGUUUGAAUAAAAAGACAUUCUUCUCUUCUUUUUUUUUUUUGUAAUGGACUGUUUUAAAUGGUCGCUUUUUGAUGCCAAUGGGGGGCGGGACGGGGGGAUUGGGGAUCAAGCAUGUGACUCUUUCGAAUCUUUUUUCCCACACCAGUGUUGGUGCUGUAGUGACACCCCAAACGUUUCUGGGCUCCUACUAAAACUUGAGUUUCAUAUCAGCUGUAUAGAUGUUAGUAUGAGGAAUGGAAAUCAUGUCUUACCUUUGCAAGGACUAUUUAUUGUCUGUACAGUACAAGCUUUGGAUUUUUAACAAA